UGCGCUGCUGCCGUCACAAGCAAGUGGGGUGCCGGAAACCGGCUCCCCAAUAAAAUCGAGGCGCCUCACGCCUCCGCGCACCACACCUUCGCGCCGUCCCCCGAGGGAACGCCGAGCUGAUCCCUAUGGACGCCGGCGGAGGCGCAGCGGCUGUGGCGGGUGGCCUCGACGACGCGGACGGUGCCUUCUUCUCCCGCCGCGGGCACCGCUGCUGCGGGUGCUUCUGGGCGCCGGCGUGGCGUUCGUCGUCCCCGCACGCCCGCCGCGCGGGCGCGGAGUGGUGGCACGGCGUCGGGGAAGGAAGCGGAGGAGGGGCGGCGAGGCAGCGGUGGUGGCGGCGCGGGGUGGACGCGCUGAUGAAGGUGCGGGAGUGGUCGGAGCUGGUGGCGGGCCCGCGGUGGAAGACCUUCAUCCGGCGGUUCCGCCGCCACCCCCGCCACGGCACCGGUGCGGGGGCCGGCGGGAAGCUGAACUACGACCCGCUCAGCUACGCGCUCAACUUCGACGAAGGCCACUGCACCAGCCCCGAGGGCGGCGACUACAGGGGCUACCGCGACUUCUCCGCGCGCUUCGUCGCGCCGCUGGGCUCCGCCAAGUCGUCCAUGGACCUCGGCGGCCGCGACGCGCCGCCUCUCUUCCUCCACCACCCGCAGCCGCACUCCCCGCGCCCGCCCCCGGCCGCUGCCGCGCUGCGAGGCUGACGCCGUCACGGCGCACCAGCCGUCAUUAAUGGGGGCCGGUGGUGGCGAUAAUGGAGGACGUCCCUUUCUUCCUCUUGGGCCGGUUGUUCUUGCUGGUGCAUGGUCGAGGUGCUUAUUUAAUUAAUUUUCCUUCUUCGUUUCUUGUCUUUUUGUAAAAAGAAUGCUAUAUUGUCCAAAUUGUUUGUCAUAGAAAUUGUUCAAUCUUAGAGGAAGAGAUGAGACAAGUAAAUUAUUAUGUUUUAUGAUAAUUCUUUAGGAGACAAUAAAGUUAUUUUUUUUGGCUGGA